AGAGGGAGAGGAGAGCUCGAGCGCGCGCGCACACACAGACAGAGCUUUACUAUCUCUCUCCCUCUCCCUCUCUCGACUCCCUCCUCACUCGGCAUUCAAACAGCUUUCCGACAUCAUCAGCCAAGGAUUUUUUUUUCCUAGUCGCUGUCCGUCCAUCAGUACCUGAGGGGGGAGGAGGAAGUGGAGGAGGGAGAAAAGAGGAACAAGAAUAAGCCUGUUAAUCUUAUACCAAUAAAACCCCACCAGCCCAACAAACCCGCCUAAGCAUCAGCUCCAGCGCUUUGAGUUCUCGUCUCGGCGUUUCCUUGGCAUCUUGGCUACUCGGGUUGUUGGGUUAGAUUUGGUCAAACAAAUCGUCGCUCUUAAGCCAGUUCCAUUUUUUUUUCCCCUUGCAGUCUCUCGACUUGGGCUUUCCCACCCCCUCCGUUCUCCGUUUGGGAGGUUGGAUUGAGUUGGAUACGGCGCCAAGGUCUGGGCUCGCUGGGGGUGUCCUCUCUUCCCCCCUCCUUUUUUUGCCCCCUUCCUUCUUGUGAAUGUGCUUUUCUUUCUUUCUUUUCUUUUUUUCUUUCUUUUUUUUUUAAAUCUUGGUUUUGGAACCUGAGCCGGGGAAAAUGGGCAACGGUGAUUCGGCCAGAAGGGGAGUCUCUCCAUCACUGUUGUUGGGACGUGUGCCUGUGCUAGGCUCUUAGAGAAAUAGCCUCCCUCAUCUUUCGGAGUGGAAGAACAGCGGAAGAGGCUGCAGUCUAAAGACUUUUAAAAUUAACUUGGCACCACUUUUCUCAGCCCAGACACUAACUGGAAAACGAAGUGUCAGUCAUUUUUUAAAGAAAAAAACAACAACAAAACUUCUUAAAGGUUAAAGCUGAAAACAUUCAAGUUAUUUUUGGAUAACAACAUACAGAGGCCAAAUGACAUAGGAUGAAGGCUGUUCGUAAUCUGCUGAUUUAUAUAUUUUCCACCUAUUUCCUGGUUAUGUUUGGAUUUAAUGCUGCCCAAGACUUCUGGUGUUCCACGUUGGUGAAGGGAGUCAUUUAUGGAUCGUAUUCUGUAAGUGAAAUGUUUCCAAAAAACUUUACAAACUGCACUUGGACGCUGGAAAAUCCAGAUCCAACCAAAUAUAGUAUUUACCUGAAAUUUUCCAAAAAGGACUUCAGCUGCUCUAACUUUUCUCUCUUGGCUUAUCAGUUUGAUCAUUUUUCUCAUGAAAAAAUAAAGGAUCUUUUAAAAAAUAACCAUUCUAUAAUGCAACUCUGCGAUUCCAAGAAUGCUUUUGUAUUUCUACAGUACGAUAAAAAUUUUAUUCAGAUACGUCGGGUGUAUCCAAUCGAAUUUCCAGGAUUACAGAAAAAAGGGGAUGAAGAUGAAAAAUCUUUUUUUGAAUUUUUGGUUUUGAACAAGGUGAGCCCAAGCCAGUUUGGUUGCCAUGUAUUAUGCACUUGGCUAGAGAGCUGUUUAAAAUCCGAAAAUGGGAGAACGGAGUCGUGUGGGAUCAUGUACACAAAAUGCACCUGUCCUCAGCAUUUGGGGGAAUGGGGAAUAGACGACCAGUCCCUGAUGUUGUUAAAUAAUGUGGUGCUUCCCCUCAAUGAGCAGACGGAGGGCUGCCUAACCCAGGAGCUACAAACUACCCAGGUCUGCAAUCUUACCAGGGAAGCCAAGCGCCCACCAAAAGAAGAAUUUGGAAUGAUGGGAGAUCAUACAAUUAAAAGUCAGCGACCUCGAUCUGUUCAUGAGAAAAGGGUCCCUCAGGAACAAGCUGAUGCUGCUAAAUUUAUGGCACAAACUGGUGAAUCUGGUGUGGAAGAGUGGUCCCAGUGGAGUUCAUGUUCAGUUACUUGUGGUCAAGGGUCGCAGGUGCGAACCAGAGCUUGUGUAUCACCUUACGGGACACACUGCAGCGGCCCAUUAAGAGAAUCAAGGGUUUGCAAUAACACUGCCCUCUGUCCAGUACAUGGAGUUUGGGAGGAGUGGUCACCCUGGAGUUUGUGUUCAUUUACAUGUGGUCGAGGCCAAAGAACUAGGACACGAUCAUGUAUACCUCCCCAGUAUGGGGGAAGACCAUGUGAGGGACCUGAAACUCAUCAUAAACCUUGCAAUAUUGCUCUUUGUCCAGUUGAUGGACAAUGGCAGGAGUGGAGUUCCUGGAGUCAGUGUUCAGUGACAUGCUCCAAUGGCACACAGCAGAGAAGCCGGCAGUGUACUGCAGCUGCCCAUGGUGGCUCUGAAUGCAGAGGUCCCUGGGCAGAGAGCAGAGAGUGUUAUAACCCAGACUGUACAGCAAAUGGCCAGUGGAAUCAAUGGGGUCACUGGAGUGGAUGUUCUAAGUCAUGUGAUGGUGGAUGGGAAAGGAGAAUAAGAAUCUGUCAAGGUGCAGCAGUAACAGGACAACAAUGUGAAGGAACAGGUGAAGAAGUCAGAAGAUGCAGUGAGCAAAGAUGCCCUGCACCUUAUGAAAUAUGCCCAGAGGAUAAUCUAAUGUCGAUGGUGUGGAAAAGGACUCCAGCAGGAGAUAUGGCAUUCAACCGAUGUCCUCUGAAUGCUACAGGCACCACUAGCAGACGCUGCUCUCUCAGUCUUCAUGGAGUGGCCUUCUGGGAACAGCCAAGCUUUGCAAGAUGCAUAUCAAAUGAGUACAGACACUUGCAGCAUUCAAUUAAAGAGCACCUUGCGAAAGGUCAGCGAAUGUUGGCAGGUGAUGGAAUGUCCCAGGUGACCAAGACCCUGUUGGAUUUAACUCAGAGGAAAAAUUUUUACGCAGGAGACCUCCUGAUAUCAGUGGAAAUUCUACGAAAUGUGACAGAUACAUUUAAAAGGGCAAGCUAUAUUCCUGCAUCUGAUGGUGUACAGAACUUCUUUCAAAUAGUUAGCAACCUUUUAGAUGAAGAAAACAAGGAAAAAUGGGAAGAUGCACAACAGAUCUACCCAGGCUCCAUAGAAUUAAUGCAGGUGAUUGAAGAUUUUAUACACAUUGUUGGAAUGGGGAUGAUGGACUUUCAGAAUUCAUACCUAAUGACUGGAAAUGUAGUGGCUAGUAUUCAGAAGCUUCCUGCAGCUUCUGUUUUAACAGACAUCAAUUUCCCAAUGAAAGGAAGGAAAGGAAUGGUCGACUGGGCAAGAAACUCAGAAGACAGGGUCGUUAUUCCUAAAAAUAUAUUCACACCAAUGUCAUCAAGAGAAUUAGAUGAAUCAUCUGUGUUUGUCCUUGGAGCAGUUCUAUAUAAAAAUUUAGAUCUUAUUUUGCCUACUUUGAGAAAUUUUACUGUCGUUAAUUCCAAAAUUAUCGUGGUGACAAUAAGGCCUGAACCUAAAACAACAGAUGCUUUUCUGGAGAUAGAAUUAGCACAUUUGGCUAAUGGUACUUUGAAUCCUUAUUGUGUGCUGUGGGAUGACUCAAAAACGAACGAUUCUUUGGGAACCUGGUCCACCCAGGGAUGUAAAACUGUGCUUACCGAUGCAUCCCAUACGAAAUGCUUAUGUGAUCGUCUCUCCACCUUCGCCAUUUUGGCUCAGCAACCUAGAGAAAUAAUCAUGGAAUCAUCUGGGGCACCUUCAGUAACACUCAUAGUAGGCAGUGGUCUGUCUUGCUUGGCCUUGAUCACCCUAGCAGUUGUCUAUGCAGCACUAUGGAGGUAUAUCCGAUCUGAGAGGUCAAUAAUCUUAAUUAACUUCUGCCUAUCUAUCAUCUCAUCAAAUAUCCUUAUACUGGUUGGACAAACUCAGACCCACAAUAAGGGCAUUUGUACCACGACUACUGCAUUUUUGCACUUCUUCUUCCUAGCUUCAUUCUGUUGGGUACUGACAGAAGCGUGGCAGUCAUACAUGGCUGUAACAGGGAAAAUUAGGACUCGACUCAUAAGGAAACGCUUCUUGUGCCUUGGAUGGGGUUUACCAGCAUUAGUAGUGGCCAUUUCAGUAGGGUUCACCAGGACAAAAGGAUAUGGCACUGAUCACUACUGCUGGCUAUCUCUUGAAGGAGGACUACUCUAUGCUUUUGUUGGGCCUGCUGCUGCGGUUGUCCUGGUCAACAUGGUGAUUGGCAUUUUGGUAUUUAACAAACUUGUUUCCAGAGAUGGGAUCCUAGAUAAAAAGCUCAAACACAGAGCCGGUCAGAUGAGUGAGCCUCAUAGCGGUUUGACGCUCAAAUGUGCCAAGUGUGGAGUAGUUUCAACAACAGCUUUGUCAGCCACCACCGCCAGUAAUGCCAUGGCAUCUCUUUGGAGCUCCUGUGUCGUGUUGCCUCUCCUAGCUCUGACAUGGAUGUCUGCCGUUCUGGCCAUGACAGACAAAAGAUCUAUCCUCUUUCAGAUACUUUUUGCAGUAUUUGAUUCAUUGCAAGGCUUUGUUAUUGUCAUGGUGCACUGCAUUCUUCGAAGAGAGGUUCAAGACGCAUUUAGAUGUCGGCUAAGAAACUGUCAAGAUCCAAUCAAUGCAGACUCCUCAAGUUCUUUUCCUAAUGGACAUGCCCAAAUCAUGACAGAUUUUGAAAAGGAUGUGGACAUUGCUUGCCGUUCAGUUCUUCAUAAGGAUAUUGGGCCUUGCCGGGCAGCUACAAUAACAGGAACACUAUCUCGGAUUUCUCUGAAUGAUGAUGAAGAAGAAAAGGCAACGAAUCCCGAGGGCCUAAGCUAUUCAACCUUGCCUGGGAACAUCAUUUCCAAAGUCAUCAUCCAGCAGCCCACAGGUCUGCAUAUGCCAAUGAGCAUGAAUGAGUUGGCUAAUCAGUGUCUGAAAAAAGAUAACAGUGAGUUACGGCGAACUGUAUACUUAUGUACUGAUGAUAAUUUGCGAGGGGCAGACAUGGACAUAGUACAUCCACAAGAAAGAAUGAUGGAAAGUGACUAUAUAGUGAUGCCCAGAAGCUCUGUUAAUACCCAAUCAGCAUUGAAAGAGGAGAGUAAACUGAAUAUAGGCAUGGAAACCUUGCCUCAUGAAAGGCUGUUGCACUACAAAGUCAAUCCUGAAUUUAACAUGAAUCCUCCUGUCAUGGACCAGUUCAGUAUGAAUUUAGAUCAGCAUCUUGCACCCCAGGAGCAUAUGCAGAAUUUGCCAUUUGAACCUCGCACAGCUGUAAAGAACUUCAUGGCUUCUGAGCUGGAUGACAAUGCAGGACUAGCAAGAAGCGAAACUGGAUCAACGAUAUCCAUGAGCUCCCUAGAGAGAAGAAAAUCACGAUAUUCGGACCUUGACUUUGAAAAGGUCAUGCAUACUAGGAAGAGACAUAUGGAACUGUUUCAGGAACUAAAUCAGAAAUUUCAGACUUUGGACAGAUUUCGGGACAUACCAAAUACAAGCAGUAUGGAAAACCCAGCACCAAACAAGAGCCCAUGGGACACUUUCAAAAACCCUAGUGAAUACCAACAUUACACCACCAUAAAUGUUUUAGACACAGAGGCAAAAGACGCUUUGGAACUAAGACCAGCAGAAUGGGAGAAGUGUCUGAAUUUGCCUCUUGAUGUGCAGGAAGGAGACUUUCAAACAGAGGUGUAACAGGAAGAAGGCAAAACAUACUGCUACGGAAACGAGAUCGUUCAUUGCACUGACACUCGAGACUUGGGAAGCCUGACAUUCGUCUCUGGACAUUGUGGAUACCGUACAUAUGUCAGGAUCUUCAUGUGCCAAAUGUCAGUGGUGUUUUCGUACCAUAUCGUCCCACUAGACAAGCUAGUGGAGAACCAGGUGUACAAUUCUUACCAUCCUGUGUUGUAAGUAAACGUGGAAUGGAUUUGUAAGGUAAUCUUUAUAGAUAAACCUCAAGCAACGAUUCAUGUUGUAACUGCUUCAUUUGGUUUAGUUUUCAGAAAACUUCACCAUGAAGCACAAUGUAUAUAUUUAUGCAGUUUUUAAAGUUUAUAACAGUCUGUUUGGCCAUUACUACACUUUUUACUUUAUAAUAUAAAAGCAAAGUUUUUGUCAUUAAAUGAAUGUUUGUUGAAGCUACAUUCUUCAUUGCUUUAAAUGCAAUAAAGUAAUAAUCUCACUUUUAUAUGAAUAAUAUAUUUCACAUCUUUAUUAUUGCAGUUUUCUCCAGAAAGCUCAGAGUAGCUUUCUCUGCUGCAGCUGUGUAUAAAAUAUUUAAAAUGUUGUAUGGUGUAAAUAAACUUUUGUCUACAUAUCAGUUUUUUAGUGCAUUUUAUUUGGGAUUUAUUGAAUUGAAAUUUACAUAUUUAUAAAGUUUUUUUUUAAAUGCAGAUACCGAAAAAAAUGUAUUCUCAGUUUUAAUGGCAUACCGUUAUUACUCCUUUGAGGCUAAUGAUUUCUCAAAUGUAAUAGUAGGUUUGUAUAAUAGGUUCUGUAUUUUCUAUUCAAAACUCUCUUUGAAACAAUGUACCAUGUAAAUUCGGCUUGUCAGAAUUCUGCUGCCAUCAUUCUCAUAUAUAAAUGUUUUUUUCUAUCUUAUGAUGAAAACACAACUAAGAAAAUAGUAAGUUACCAUGCCAAAAAAAGGAAAUGCUUAUUUUAAAUAACUGAGGGCAGUGCAUGUAUCAAAAGAGAAGCCAUGUGUGCUUACGAGUUCUUCAUAACAUUUGAGAAAAACUGCACUUAUGCAGGAAUUAAAAUGAUCUCUAAUCCAUAGUCUAUAACAGAAACAAAAAAGGGAAUGUAUUUGGCAGCUCAUAGAGAGGGGAAGGCUGAGGGAAGCUGUUGGUGCAAACUGUCUCUAGCUUCAUUAUAAGCCAUGCUGGUGAUGUCACUAGCCCCCUCAGAUCAUCAUAAAAGGAAAUUUAUUGUGGGACUUGUUUAAACUUUUUUUUGCUUGUUCUUCAGAUGAUUGAACAUUGUAUUUAUGAUACUGUGGCAAGGAAGGGUAUCCCAAGUUUCCAAGAAGUUUAUUCAAACUUGUUUGAUGUUAAAACCUGAGCUGCAUUAUCUUUUGUGACCAGCCCAAGUCUCUGAGCACAGGGGCAGUGGCUGUGAUGGCUUUGGAACCGGUGUAGCUCAGGCAAAGAGAAAAUGGCCUACUUUUAGAAAGAGGUUCAACAAAAAAAGCCAACUCCACCACCAAGCUGGAGCCUUAAAAACCAAACAAACAGCUCAGGCUUCAUUCCUGUCAUUUGUUUUUAUUGUUCUCAAUGUAAAGAUUUUGAAAAGUCUAUUUUUAAUCAAAUUUUAAAAAAUAAAUAUUAUC